UCUCGGUCGGACUGAGCUGACAUGAGCUCACACUGGGAAGUCGACAAUAUUGAUGCCACUACUGUCGGCUCCGAUGACGACGAUGAUGAUCUUGACGGGGCGCGCCCCUUGGUCUUGCAGCCAACUUCGCUGGCUGUCGCUAGUAGUGACCAUGCCCCAAAGUCCGAAGAUGUGACCCCACGCCGGCCAACGACAACAACCCCGUUCAAGCAAUCCUCCUCGCCACUCGAUCAAAAGACACCUACGGUGGUGGAUCUACUCGAAACAGACACUGGCAACGAGUCGUUCAAUGAGGGGGAAGCCGCGUACCGAGAGUUCAAGAACCGAAAGGCUACCAAGCGGAAGCGCAGCACCGCAAACCUGAAGAAUAGAGCCACCAAGGUGACCAGAGUCGCAACCGCAAACUCCUUUGUUGGCCGGCUGCCGACGUCAGAUGGGAAAGCCCGACCGAUACGGCCUCUAAGGGACUAUGGGGAGGAAGUGUCAUCGGAGGAUGAACUGAUGGAAUACACCCUACCCGACUACCUGCAGAAACGCCGAUCACAGUUCGACCGGAGCACAGAGCAUCUAAAACAAUCCGGAUUAAAACUGCCGCCAGACUAUGACAAUGUCGAGUACUCCGAUGACGAGCGGUUGGAGUUUCUGGAGGAGAAGCCUGCAUUUGAAAACAUGACUCCAUGCAACCCAUACAAGGACAUCACGCUUCCUUAUUCGUUAGGACUGAUACCGGCCCCAAUCGCGCAGUGGCUACGCCAGUACCAGGUUGAUGGGGCCGCUUUCCUUCACGAGCUGUUUGUUUACCAAAAAGGCGGCAUACUUGGAGAUGACAUGGGUCUGGGAAAGACAGUGCAGGUGAUAGCGUUUCUCACGGCGGCGUACGGGAAGACCGGGGACGAGAGAGAUGCAAAGCGGAUGAGAAAGAUGCGGAGAAGCGGGCAAGAUCAGUGGUAUCCUCGGACGUUGAUCGUCUGCCCAGGGACAUUGCUCACGAAUUGGAUGGCCGAGCUUUCGCGCUGGGGCUGGUGGCAUUUUGAUACCUACCAUGGAGAUAACAAGGAGCUUGCACUCCAGGCUGCGAGGUCUGGAAGACUGGAGAUCUUGAUCACCACGUACAGCACCUAUCUCCAUAACAAAGACGCGGUGAACAUGGUCGACUGGGACUGUGUGAUAGCGGACGAGUGCCACAUCAUCAAGGAACGCAAGUCAGAGACGACUAAAGCCAUGAACAUGAUCAACGCUCUGUGUCGGAUCGGCUUGACAGGAACCGCCAUUCAGAACAAGUACGAGGAGCUGUGGACGCUCUUGAACUGGACGAACCCAGGGAAGCUCGGCCCGGUGACGGUCUGGAAGAAGACUAUUUCUGAGCCGUUACGGAUCGGUCAGUCGCACGACGCCACCAUCCACCAGCUGCGCAAAGCCCGGGGAACAGCCAAGAAGUUGGUUGAGAACCUCCUCCCUCAGUUCUUCCUCCGUCGGAUGAAAGCCCUGAUUGCAGAUCAGCUCCCCAAGAAGGUUGACCGGGUCGUCUUCUGUCCACUAACGGACACCCAGGCCGACGCCUACGAGAACCUCCUAGGAAGCGACAUCAUCAGCUACAUCAAGCACUCUACCGACCUUUGCGACUGCGGUUCCCGCAAGAAAGCCGGCUGGUGCUGCCGCCAGUUUCUGUCAUCCGGGCUCACCUGGAGGAGUUACGUCUUCCCUGCGAUUGCGGUGCUGCAGAAGCUCAGCAACCACCUUGCCAUCCUCAUCCCGCAGGGGGCUGACUCUAACGAGAAGCAGGAGAAGGAUAAGGACAUGCUCGAACUGGCAGUCCCCGACCAGUGGGAGAAGCUCUACCGGUAUCGCGACUCGAUCGUCAACUACGCCAACCCCGAGUUCUGCGGCAAAUGGAAGGUCCUCCGCCGUCUGCUGAAAUGGUGGCACGCCAAUGGCGACAAGGUCCUCGUCUUCAGCCACAGCGUGCGCCUCCUCAAGAUGCUGCAGAUGCUCUUCCACUACACCAGCUACAAUGUAAGUUACCUGGACGGGUCAAUGAGCUACGAGGAUCGCACCAAGGUCGUGGACGAAUUCAAUUCGGACCCCCGCCAAUUCGUCUUCCUCAUUUCCACGCGCUCCGGCGGCGUUGGACUCAACAUCACCUCCGCAAACAAGGUCGUCAUCGUCGACCCCAACUGGAAUCCUUCGCACGACCUCCAAGCACAAGACCGCGCCUACCGCAUUGGCCAGUCCCGCGAUGUUGAAGUCUUCCGUCUCAUCUCCGCCGGCACCAUCGAAGAGAUCGUCUACGCCCGUCAAAUCUACAAACAACAACAAGCCAACAUCGGCUACAACGCCAGCUCAGAACGACGUUACUUCAAGGGUGUCCAAGAAAAGAAAGACCAAAAGGGCGAGCUCUUUGGCCUUGACAACAUGUUCGAGUAUAAGAACCAUAAUAUUCUCCUCCGUGAUAUCGUCAAUAAAACCAAUGUUGCUGAAAGUAAAGCCGGCGUACAGGUCAUGGACAUCGAUGUCGACCUAAACUCCUCCGUCCCCGACCCAACUUCCGGCAAAUCCGACGACACCAAUGAGGUCAUGAAUCAACUCGCCGCCAUGAUCCGCGGCGAGGCCGAGUCGGACACUGACUCGAAACCCACUCUCCCCACAACCCCUAUCAACACCAAGCACGACCCCAUCCAAGCCAUCCUAGCCGGCGCGGGAGUAGAGUACACCCACCUCAAUAACGAAGUCAUUGGAUCCUCAAAAGUCGAAGAACGACUAAGUCGGCACGCCCAACUCGCCGACGAGAACACCAAAAAUCUCGACAUGCAAGUUUUUGCAGGAUCCCAAUCCCAAUCCCAGUCUCAGUCUCACGGAAAGUCAUCCUCAUUAACCACCCAACCCUUGAAAUACAAAUUCCAUCCUCCAAAGGCCGUUAUGAAACGGCAAUUCUGCAGCAUGGCGAAACGCUUUGGCUUCCCAAAUGCAACCGAGUUUGCGCUUGUCGUGGAGGGAAUGACGCAGGCGCAGCGUCGGGCCUGUUUGGAACAAUGGUAUACUGAACGACGGGAGAAAUUGAUUGACACUAUACAGUAGUUUGGAAUCAUUUGUAUAACCACGAGCGCAAUUUGGACUUGGACUCGGAAUACGUUGGAUAUGCGAAGUACAUUGGUCAACGAUAUUAAUAUACCCAUACUGCUAGCUAGUGUCUCUUCAUUCAACGAGCCACUUAUAUCCCAC